AUGACAGGCCCCACGCACCUCGACCCCUCGGAAUUAGGCACAAAAUCCUACUGGGACGCAGCCUACACAACCGAGCGCAAAAACUUUGUCGCAAACGCCUCAGACGAAGGCACAAUUUGGUUCAGCGACGCCGGCGCAGAAGAGCGCAUGCUGUCUUUCCUCGAAGACCUCAGCGACGAAGGCCAAAUACAUAAAGAAGACGAUGAGGAAAACAAGGGCGCACGAUUUCUAGAUCUAGGCACAGGAAAUGGACAUUUGCUGUUUGCGCUGCGCGAGGACGAGUGGUCCGGAGAAAUGGUUGGUGUGGAUUACUCGACGGAAAGCGUUACACUUGCGACGUCGAUUCGAGAUGCGAAAGACGAGGCGUAUGCGGAUAUUGCGUUUUAUGAGUGGGAUAUCUUGUCACAGGCGCCUGGUGCGUGGUUGGGUGAGGGCUUCGAUGUUGUACUGGAUAAGGGCACGUUCGAUGCGAUUUGCCUGUCGCAAGAGCAGGAUGCACAGGGGCGCAGAAUAUGUGAGGGAUACAGGGAAAAGGUUGAGCCGUUGGUGAAGAAGGGGGGAAGGUUUCUCAUUACGAGCUGCAAUUGGACAGAGGAGGAGUUGAAAGAGUGGUUUGGAGGCGGAGGAUUGCAGUUUGAUGGCAAGGUCAAAUAUCCGAGUUUCACGUUCGGGGGCAAGACGGGGAGCAGUGUGGUUACACUCUGCUUCAAGAGGGUGUGA